AUGGAGGAACCAGCUGAUGAAGAUGCUCUCACCAUGCCUAAGGGUCCCAUGACUCGAGCCAGAAGCAAGCAACUCAAAGAAGCCAUUGGAGGCUUACUUAAGACAUCCAUGAAGCAAGAAGAAAAGAAGCAUCCUAGGAGUGUAUUAUGUGGUAUCAGAGCAAAUCUGGAUAGGGAAGUGCUCGUUUUCUUCAAACUUUCACUCGAUCUGUUCUUGGUGUUCAUAGCCAUUGAUAGAUCUGAGUUAUCUGUUCUUUCUAUCUUUUUAACUUCUGAUCUGUUGUUUAAUCUGUUUGAAACUGAUAGAUCUUCUCUUGUGUCGUUGAAAUCUGAUAGUCUUUGUUUUGAUCGAUUGAUAAGUACCAUGGGUAACGAGAGUGAUGAAGAAGCAGACUUGAUGAGAAGAAACAAGAUGUUGAUGGAAGCCAUGACUGCUCAGCUUAAUAAGACUAUGUUGGAGAGCAUGAAUGAGAUGAUGAAACAAAACAUGGAAGAAAUCAGAAGGGAGAUUAGACAAGCUACUGGUCAAGGUCACAAGCAUGGUGGUUCACAAGAGACUGAUAACUACUAUGAGCGCCACCGAAGUGAGAGAAGUGGUUCUUCCUCAGCAUCACGAGGUAGUAGAAGGAGAACUCGUCGUGAUCAUGAUGAAAGAAGACCUUACCGUGAUGAGCUUUCUGGUUUGAAGCUUAAGAUCCCUCCCUUCCAUGGCAAAGUUGAUCCUGAUGCUUAUCUUGAAUGGGAGAAGAAGAUUGAGAUUGUAUUCAACUGCAAGCACUACACCAAUGCUCAGAGGAUUCAAUUUGCUGCAACUGAGUUCUAUGAUUAUGCUUUGAGUUGGUGGGAUCAACUGGUGACUACUAGGAGGAUGAAUCAAGAGUAUCCGGUUGAGACUUGGCAAGAGAUGAAGUCUCUUAUGCGCAAAAGGUUUGUGCCUAACCACUACCACCGAGAUCUUCAUCAGAAAUUGAGGAAACUUACACAAGGAUCCAAGACUGUGGAAGAGUACUACCAGGAGAUGGAGUUGCUGAUGUUGAGAGCUGGUAUAUCUGAGGACAGAGAAGCUACUAUGGCAAGGUUUCUUGGAGGACUUAACCGCGAGAUACAAGACAGUGUGGAGAUGCAACACUACAUUGAGAUAGAAGAGAUGUUGCACAAAGCUAUCCUGGUGGAGCAACAGAUUAAGAGAAAGCAUCACUCGCGAGGCAACUAUGGGUCCAGCAAGUAUCAGUACACUAAAGAAGAGAAACCAUCCCAUCUGAAAGAUAGCAAGCCUCAGCAGAAAGAAGAAUCCAAGCCUAGCAGCCCAUACAGCAAAGAGAAAAGCAAGGCGGAAGCUACAAGCUCUAGGACUAGAGAUGUGAAGUGUUUCAAGUGUCAAGGCAGAGGACACUAUGCCAAUGAGUGCACCAACAAGAAAGUGAUGAUUCUACUUGAGAAUGGAGAGUAUGAAUCAGAAGAAGAGCACUCCGGGUCUGAUCAAGACAGGUCUGAUGAAGGAAGUGAAGUAGAACCAGUGAAAGGAAGGUUCGCGAGAACCUCUUCUACACUAGGUGUAUGGUUCAGGGAAAGUGAGACCAUGGUGAAGAAAUUGGGUUUGAAAGUUCAGAAACAUCCUAAACCUUACCGGCUGCAAUGGCUUAAUGAAGAAGGUGAGAUGAGAGUCUCCAAUCAAGUGCUGAUACCUAUAGCCAUUGGUAGAUAUGAAGAUGAGAUCUUGUGUGAUGUGAUACCAAUGGAAGCUAGCCAUAUCCUUCUUGGUAGACCAUGGCAGUUUGAUAGGCGAGUGGUUCAUGAUGGUUUCAGUAACAAGCACUCUUUUGAGUUUAAUGGAAAGAAGACAGUGCUGGUACCUUUGUCACCUAAAGAAGUUCAAGCAGAUCAGCUCCAGCUUCAGAAAAGAGCUGCAAAGACAAGUAGAGGAACUGAUGGAGAAGGGUCAUAUCCGAGAGAGCAUGAGUCCAUGUGCUGUUCCAGUGCUCUUGUGCCCAAGAAAGAUGGUAGCUGGCGCAUGUGUGUUGAUUGUAGAGCAAUCAACAACAUAACAGUGAAGUAUCGCCACCCUAUUCCUAGAUUAGAUGAUAUGCUUGAUGAAUUGCAUGGUUCUAGCAUCUUUUCUAAGAUAGAUCUUAAGAGUGGAUAUCAUCAAAUUAGGAUGAAAGAGGGAGAUGAGUGGAAAACUGCUUUUAAGACUAAGCAUGGUUUGUAUGAGUGGUUAGUGAUGCCUUUUGGAUUAACCAAUGCUCCUAGUACUUUUAUGAGAUUGAUGAAUCAUGUGCUUAGAUCUUUUAUAGGAGUGUUUGUGGUAGUUUACUUUGAUGAUAUCCUAGUUUACUCCAAGAGUUUAGAAGAGCAUAUAGUUCAUGUUAGGACUGUUCUUGAUGUUUUGAGAAAAGAAAAGCUCUUUGCUAAUCUUAAGAAAUGCACUUUCUGUACGGAUAACUUGGUCUUCCUAGGCUUUGUUGUGAGUGCAGAUGGAGUAAAGGUGGAUCAAGAGAAGGUGAAAGCCAUACAAGAGUGGCCGAUUCCUAAAACCAUAAAUGAAAAAGAUGUAGGAUUCAAGUGGGGAGAAGCACGAAACUCCUUUCAAACCCUCAAAGAGAAGCUUACUAACUCUCCUCUCCUUAUACUUCCUGAUUUCUCUAAAACAUUUGAAAUUGAAUGUGAUGCCUCAGGAAUUGGUAUUGGUGCUGUGUUGAUGCAGGAUAGAAGGCCCAUUGCAUACUUCAGUGAGAAACUAAGUGGAGCUACUCUCAACUAUGCCACUUAUGACAAAGAAGCUAUGCCUUAG